AUGCAAGAUGGAGGUCGCCAACAUGUAAGGGCCGACCAGCAGGAGAAAGGUGAUGAACGCUGCACAGAUAGAAACGAAUGUCGAGAUCUUCCAGACAAGAGAAGUGUAGCUGUGAAAAGAUUAGUUCUUGCAAAGACCAAACUCAAAGCUGCGAAUAUAUUUGAAGCGUAUGAUGAAGUUUUUAAAGAUUGGGGGCAUAAAGGCAUAACUGAAAAAGUUCCAGAACAAGAAUUAAAGGAUAAAAGGCACUAUUUACCUCACAGAGGAGUUUUUAAAGAAAAUUCCACAGAGCUCAGGCCUGUUUUCUAUGCUUCGUGUAAACAGAAAGGAUAUCCUUCAUUGAAUGGCUGUUCAGCAAAAGGACCAAAUUUAUUGAACCUACUGCCUGCUAAUUUGCUGAAAUUUAGGGAAAGAGAAAUAGGAGUAAUUUCGGACACAAAAAAGGCAUCUCUACAAAUUAGCGUUAAUAAGGAGGAUCGUGAUUAUUUGAGAUUUCUCUAG